CGCCCGCCUUCAAGCUGCGGUCCGUCCUCCACAUCCGCCCACAUCUGGCCUCAGCGGGGCGUCCGGGGGGAGGGGCCGAGUCUCCGCAGUCGCCGUCCCGGGGCGCACUGGCCCGGGAGGGAGAAGAGGGGGCUCUUGGGUCGUGUGUGUCGGUACUCGGCGGGCCCACGGCAGCCGCUUGGGCCCCAGCCCCCUCAAGCCCGCUUGAUAGGCGGGCAGAGCAGCCAGUGCUAGUCGAGUCAGGGAGGCCGGGCGGCGGGUUUGGGAACCUGAUCCGCCCGGGAGGCGGGGGCCGGGGCAGCGGCGGGCGGGCCAGCGCGCAGGGCCAGGGCCCGGCCGGGGGCGCUUCCUCCCCGCCGCCCUCCGCGCGACUCCCUGCCGACACGCCACCAUGUCCGACCCCGCGGUCAACGCUCAGCUGGACGGGAUCAUUUCGGACUUCGAAGCCUUGAAGAGAUCUUUCGAGGUUGAGGAGGUCGAGCCGCCCAACUCCACCCCAACCCGGAGGGUCCAGACUCCGCUGCUCCGCACCACCGUGGCCAGCUCCACCCAGAAAUUCCAGGAGCUGGGUGUGAAGAACUUAGAGCCCACCGCCCGCCAUGUAGACUCCCUAAGCCAGCGCUCUCCCAAGCCCUCCCUGAGGAGGGUCGAGCUUUCGGGGCCCAAGGUGGCCGAACCUGUGUCACGGCGCACGGAGCUCUCCAUUGACAUCUCCUCUAAGCAGGUGGAGACCUCAGGCGCCACCGGGCCAGCACGAUUUGGGCUCAAGAGGGCUGAGGGGUUGGGCCACAAGACGCCGGAGCCAACCCCUCGGAGGACGGAGAUCACCAUCGUCAAGCCUCAGGAGCCAGCCCACCGCAGGAUGGAGACCCCCACCUCCAAGGUUCCCGAGAUGCCCGUUGCCCCUACCACCGAUGCAGCCCCAAAGAGGGUUGAGAUCCAGGUGCCCAAGACAGCCGAGGCAUCUGCCUGUCCCCUCCCGUCCCAGACCCUGGAAAAUUCUGAGCCUGCCCCAAUGCCCCAGCUGCACAGCAGGCUGGAAGCCAAGCCAACCAUGGCUGAAACCUUGCCCAGGAACCAGGAGGCCACCGAGGCAGCUCCUGGCUGUGUGGGUGACAUGGCUGACACCCCCAGAGACGCCAUGCUCAAGCCGGCGCCCGCGUCGCGGAAUGAGAAGGCCCCCGCAGACUUUGGCUACGUGGGAAUCGACUCCAUCCUGGAGCAGAUGCGCAGGAAGGCCAUGAAGCAGGGCUUUGAGUUCAACAUCAUGGUGGUUGGGCAGAGUGGCUUGGGGAAGUCCACCUUAAUCAACACCCUCUUCAAGUCCAAAAUCAGCCGGAAGUCAGUGCAGCCCACCCCAGAAGAGCGCAUCCCCAAGACCAUUGAGAUCAAGUCCAUCACCCACGAUAUCGAGGAGAAGGGUGUCCGGAUGAAGCUGACAGUGAUCGACACGCCAGGGUUCGGGGACCACAUCAACAACGAGAACUGCUGGCAGCCCAUCAUGAAGUUCAUCAAUGACCAGUACGAGAAGUACCUGCAGGAGGAGGUGAACAUCAACCGCAAGAAGCGCAUCCCCGACACACGUGUCCACUGCUGCCUCUACUUCAUCCCCGCCACCGGCCACUCCCUUAGGCCCCUGGAUAUCGAGUUCAUGAAGCGCCUGAGCAAGGUGGUCAACAUCGUCCCUGUCAUUGCCAAGGCCGACACGCUGACACUGGAGGAGAGGGUCUACUUCAAACAGCGGAUCACUGCAGAUCUGCUGUCCAACGGCAUCGAUGUGUACCCCCAGAAGGAGUUUGAUGAGGACGCAGAGGACCGGCAGGUGAACGAGAAGUUCCGGGAGAUGAUCCCCUUUGCUGUGGUGGGCAGCGACCAUGAGUACCAGGUCAACGGCAAGCGGAUCCUUGGCAGGAAGACCAAGUGGGGCACCAUUGAAGUCGAGAACACCACACACUGUGAGUUCGCCUACCUUCGGGACCUCCUCAUCAGGACUCACAUGCAGAACAUCAAGGACAUCACCAGCAGCAUCCACUUCGAGGCGUACCGCGUGAAGCGGCUGAACGAGGGCAACAGCACCAUGGCCAACGGCGUCAAGGAGAAGGAGCCCGAAACCCAGGAGAUGUAGACGCCGCCCCCGCCCUGGACCCUGCCCCCAAGACUUCCCCGCCCCCCGCCCACCCCGUCUUAUUUUAUAUCGUUUUCUCCGUUGGUCGUCCUCCUUCUCACCCUUUCCGCGCUGCCAGGUGACAAGAGAAGCCGCGGCCUCCUGAGUGUUGAUCAGUUGAUCGGCCUCCUGGCUGCCCUUGGGGGGGACUCAGCCUGGGACCCUCUGACCUUCCUGAGGGCCAGAAAGGCUGGAUGCGCCCAGCAGGAGGACCCAGGGCCCCUCGGAGUCUGACCCCGCCCCCAGCCGGGCUCCCCCAAGGGGCCCACAGACCUGCCCUGUCUGCCACCCUCCAAGGAGGUCUUAGCUCCAGAGCCUUGUCAGGGACCAGGUCUCCUGGGUUCAGCGGUCCCCUCUCAGCCCUCGAUCCCCGAGGCCACAGCUCCUGGAGUAGGAGGACGGAGCCCCUCCUGCCCCCCGGUGGUGUGGGCCGUGACUCAGAGCCCCCGCCCCACCGCUGCACCCCGGGACCCGAGAGGGGUCCACAGCACACAUUGCCAGUUGCUUAGACACGCGAGGCCCGUGGCCACCCGCCCGGAGCCCACUCUGGAGCAGAAAGUGCCUUCAUUCAGCCGUCCACAGGAGGCAGAGGACUCCUGGUUGUCCCCUUGGGCCAGAAAUGGGGACAAACGGGAGAGGGGAAGGUGUGAUUUAUCCCUCCAGCCCGCCUUGCACCCUCGCACCCCUGGGGGGGGGGGCGCUUUGGAUGCUUCUGAUGCAGCAAAGUCUGGUGAGGACAGAAGCGCGCCCCGCCCCACCCCACCCCUGAACUGGGGAAGGUCCAAGCAGAUGAAGCGGGGGAGGGAGCCCCGCCCGCCCUGUGCCUUGGAUGUCUGUCUGUCGGUCAGUCUGUCUCAACUUUGGUUCGGCUGCGAUGCUCUGGUCCUGUCACAGCCCAGCCGCCCCAGCCCGACUCCCUGCUCCUGGCCUGGGCCUGGCGGGAGGCCAGGAGACCCCACUGUCCUCCUGAGUGGCUGGCCCCUGCACCGCAGAACCCCUUGUAAAGCCCCCGGAGAGGGAGAGAUGAGAGGGUUGGAGACGCACGGACACAUGUGGGCGGACACAUGUGGGCGGAAGGGCAGGGCUCGACCUCUGUCCCCAGGAGGAGGCUGGGGGGACCAGCCCGCAUGCGCAGCACCUCGGUCCCCACCUGCCUCCCCAUUCUGGGUGGCAGGAGGGGUGUGGCGAGGCCGCACACAGGCAUACGUGCCUUGGGGUGUCUGGCUGCAGACCCCGAGCUGGCCUCAUGCAGCUGAGAGGUGCAGCGGGAGGGACGGUGGGCAGCUGUGGUGAGUGUGCAUGUGAGCAAGUGAUUGCAUCACCAUCUUCCCCCCACCCCCGUGGGGUGCAGACCCUCACCAAACCCCUCUGCCUGACAACAGUUUACUUGCCAACUGCCGACUUGCCAAGUUUUUGCCAAAACCAAGACUCUGAAGGAAGGAGAUGUCCAGCGGCAGGGCCCAGGACUCGGGGGUGUCCUCCCCGGCCCUGGUGGCGCUGGGGGAUGGGGGGUUACAGCAGCGUCCGCAGGGAUGGCUUCGCUUUCCUUCUCUGUAACCAGAUUUUGAAAACUCGUUUCACGAGGCUCCAUUCCACAAUGGCCUUUUGCUAUGUGCCUCCUGAGAAAUUCGUCUCUUUUUGUAUAAAUAACAAAGUGUUGAAAUGUAUUUCCUGAAAUAAAUGUUUCAAAUGCAAA